AUGAGAAACCAACUAACUAUCGAUAUAAUUAUAAAGUGCACCAAGAGAGGAAAAGCGUUUGCAACGAAGGCAGAUCUCGAGAAUUGGAUAAUUAUGCUCCCACUGAAAUCAAUGAAAGAGUGGUGUAAUCUACCAGCGAGUCACUUGAGUUUUAUGAACUACGUUGAAAAUGCAACGGCUGUAGGAUAUCAUACCAAUGCAGACUGUCAGACACACAUCAACGCUAUCCUUGCAUACAACCAAAAGAGACACUUUGAUUAUCUCCACUCUCUUACACUAAAGGAUACGAGUGAGCUUCUACCUUCAAUGAUUGGUAACCCAAACAACAAGGAGUGGGCUAAAUUUAAUCCACAACUCACUGCUAGCAACUUGAUGAUGCAUUUUGCUACAUCCUUGGUCCUUGGUACUCAGUUUUCCAGAGACCCAGAUCUUAUGGAACACAUUACUGCUCAUGUAUUAGGUAUUGAAGACGUCGUGAACGAGUUUGAUCGUUGUCCGCGGUUCCUGUGGCCCAUACUAUGGAGACUUUCCCCGACACACCGUAACUUUCGCUCAAAUUACUCAACCAUUAAGAAGAAAGUUAUUCCCGAAAUAAAACGCCGUAUAAAACUCUUAAGAUAUGGUGACAAAGCCGAGGGAGAUUCGACCAUGUUAACUAUAUUUUUAAAGCAGGCUUUAAAAGAAGGUCUUAUUUCCCAUGUUGAAAACUCUAGGUCCGAGGAAAAAGAUAUUGAUAGUCUCUUUAUGAAGACCUUAUUCCAUAUCUAUGAAGUUUGGGGCCCGAUAACGCCAGUUCUAGGAGCUAUGUUGACACGAUGCAUGGCAAACCCGGAAUAUGCAGACGCUCUUAGAGAGGAGAUAUCGGAUUCCCUAGCUUCGCAUGGUGGGUGGGAUUCGGACUUCUUGGCACAUACACCAAAGCUGGAAAGCUUUCUACGUGAGAGUUUGCGUUUAUACGCACCAAUUUCAAUUAGUGUGUCUCGAAGGCUAGCUAAGCCCCUCAAACUCGAAUCUAUGAAUAUGGAUCUUGCAAAGGGAACAUGUAUUGGAAUACCUACGAGAUGCAUUCAUACCGACCCUGCGAACUAUCCAGACCCAAUGGCCUUCAAUCCAUAUAGGUUUUAUGACCCUGCUACUAAGACCUGUACUCCACGAGCUUCAACGGCCUCUGAAACUUUCCUUGCGUUUAGCUAUGGAACUGGCCUCUGCCCUGGACGAUUUGUUGGGGUGAAAGUGUGCGAGCUGAUGCUCGCAAAGAUUCUCUUAAACUAUGACGUGAAAUAUGUCUCCGAGGAUCAAGAAUUCCCGGCAAUAGUUCUUAUGGAGAACACUUGGUCAUGGCUUGAUACUGAUUUCACAGCACAUAUACGACGCCGUCAGCUGGGACUUGCUUAA